UGCAGCUUCCAAACCGAUAACGGAAUCAGACAAGAAGAAAUCAGAUACUUGAAGGCUGGCCCAGAAGGACCCGUAUCGGUGGCCCAGGGAGCAAUAWCGUAUGUAGCCCCAGACGGUCAGACCAUCCAAACCGGUUACAUCGCUGACGAGAACGGUUACCAACCGUACGGUUCUCAUUUGCCCACUCCACCACCAAUCCCAGAAGCAAUCCAAGAGUCACUCAGACUCCUCGCCACUCUGCCCAGCACACCCGAACCAAAAUACCAGUAAGACGGUGACCAUCCCGGCCCAGUUUAUCAUCUAUCUCAUACUUACCUAAUAUACACCUAUUCCUCGAAAUGAUUAUCGACCACACGGUUAAAGCAUAAACAUUAUAAUAAUGUCUAUGGUUUAAAACGUGGUAUCCAAAAGCCAUUUUUUAUUAUGUUAAUAUUCUUCUAUCGCUCUCGUCCGUUUAUCUUAAUGUAUACAUAAUUAUAAUAUGUUACCAUGAUCUCGUCAUUGCGGUUUGUUGUCGAUGGCGAUGACAUUAUAUAUUAUAUAAUUUAACUAUA